AUGGUCCAUGCGUUACAUGGUGCAUCGCUAACAUUUGUGAAAGUACCUGGUCUCACAUUGUCUUUCUAUCAUACAGAACCAUUACCAUAUAAAAUUUCGUUUGAAGGCAGAUGUUACUCGAACCAAGCAGCAGAUAUCUUUUUGUAUCUUCGUUUAAUAAUUGAUCAUUAUUUACUCUACGCUAAUAAGUUCGUUCUGAACACAGCUGAUAGAUAUAAAUACUUUUCCGGAUUUACAGGUAACCAUUAUAUUGCUCUUAUGGGUGACUGGAGUUGGUUUGCUAGUCCACCAACAAUGACAAUGUGUUCAUUCAGUGAUAUAAUCUAUAUGAAUUCAGGUUUACAAGUUAUUGAUAUAGGUGUUAGAGGUGGAUAUGAUACUGGUAUAGGUGCUUCUUCAUUAAGUGUGGAUGUAUGUAUUUUGAGAAUUGAAGUAAUUCAAUUCGAUCCUCAUGCACAUAUUGAACUAAUGCCUGUCAAUAUUAUGUUGACUACGUCAUAA